UGUCUGUGCCCAGGCUCUGGAUUGGGAGCAGGGCAGGAGCCGGGCCGGGCUGGCAGCGUGUGCAGCGCUGCACGAAAAUGCACUCGGAUGCCGCCGCUGUCAAUUUUCAACUGAAUUCUCAUCUAUCAACACUGGCAAAUAUUCACAAGAUUUACCAUACCCUCAAUAGGCUGAAUCUGACAGAGGACGUUGGUCAAGACGAUCACCAGACAGGAGAGAGCCUUUCAAAGAUUCGAAGAAUAGGAAGUCUUCGGUCUUGCAGUUCAUCAGACUGCUUUAGUAAAGUGAUGCCUCCAAGGAAAAAGAGGAGACCUGCAGCAGGAGAUGAUUUAUCUGCUAAGAAAAGUAGACAUGAUGGUAUGUAUAGAAAAUACGAUUCCACUAGAAUAAAAGCAGAGGAAGAAGAAGUCUUUUCAAGUAAGAGAUGCUUAGAAUGGUUCUAUGAAUAUGCAGGCACAGAUGACAUUGUAGGGCCAGAAGGUAUGGAGAAAUUUUGCGAAGACAUUGGAGUUGAACCAGAAAAUGUAGUUAUGCUUGUGCUAGCAUGGAAGUUGGAUGCACAAAACAUGGGCUACUUUACAUUACAAGAAUGGUUAAAAGGAAUGACAUCACUACAGUGUGAUACUACAGAAAAAUUGAGAAAUUCUCUGGAUUACUUGAGAUCUUUAUUAAAUGAGCCUACCAAUUUUAAACUUAUUUAUAGAUAUGCCUUUGACUUUGCACGGGAAAAGGACCAGCGCAGCCUAGAUAUCAAUACUGCCAAGUGUAUGUUGGGCCUUCUUUUAGGAAAAGCAUGGUCCCUUUUUCCAGUGUUUCAUCAGUUUCUAGAGCAAUCAAAAUACAAAGUUAUCAAUAAGGACCAAUGGUGUAACGUUCUUGAAUUCAGCAGAACAAUUAACCUUGACCUCAGUAACUAUGAUGAAGAUGGAGCCUGGCCAGUGUUGUUGGAUGAGUUUGUGGAGUGGUAUAAAGGAAAACAGAUGACAUAGGAGUUUAACUAUGCACAGCCACUCAAGAGUCACUGUUCCCACAGUUAUGUCAACCAUUAGCCAUAAACUGCUAUUUGUAUCAAAGUGCAUGCUGCUUUUCUUGCACUGCAUCCCUUUGGCAAGGAACUUUUGAUGUUUGCUAUUUAACAAGCUAGCUAUGCUUGCUGUUUAGCAUUGUUCUCUUUGAAGGCUGCUUUGCAUUUUGUAUUUACACUACAAAUUGGUGAACUUGCCAGAGUCUUCACUGUGAUUAUGUGUAUAUUGCUGUCUAAAUUUUGUAUAUGUGUAUAAAAAAAGGCUUCACCUAGGAAUUAUUUCUGCAGAAAUGUAUUGUAAAAAUAAUUUUGUGGCAUAUUUCUAAUCAUCACUUACACGUCUGUUGAAACUUUAGUUAUUUUGUUUUUCUUUUGGUCUCAAAUGUAGCAUUUCAGUCUUUCUGGACAUAGUUAUGUGAAGAACUAUUUACGGUUUCAAUGUUACUAUUUGAGAUGCCAGUUUCUGAGAAGAGAAGACAUGCUGUGAUUUCCUUCACCAGAAUUUGCCAAACCUGACUUAAUGCUUUAUAGGAAUGAAAUAUUGGUGUCUUAAAAAUAUAUAUAUACAUAUAAAUAUUUAAACACUGUAAUAGCUGUACAUGCACAGAUGAUUUCCAUUUGAAGAAAAAAGUACUGACUUUUUAAUGUUAAAACUGCAGUAGUUGUUACAGGUGCAAAAGAACAAAUUAAAGUACCUUUUAAAAAUGGG